GUUGCUGAUGGCUGCUGAUGGCUGACGGAGUUCGCCGUCCCAGUGGGUUUCGUAGCCAAUUUUAAUAUGAUUGCCUGAAAUAAUCCACAGCCAACCAAUUACCCCUGGUACUUGAAGAUUUCAGUUUGGAACUUUGGAAAAAAUUCUUGACAAAAAAGAACUGAUAACAUCAGCAAAAAAAUUUGAAAAUGAGGGUCGUAGCUUUGAUCAGCGGUGGAAAAGACUCCUGCUUCAAUAUGAUGCAGUGCAUAGCUGCUGGCCACGACAUUGUUGCUUUGGCUAACUUAUAUCCAAUCGAAAAAGAUGAAUUAGAUUCUUUCAUGUUCCAAACCGUUGGACACCAAGGAGUAGAGUACUUAGGUGAAGCUAUCGGCUUACCGCUAUACCGUGAACCAACAUUUGGAAAGUCCAAAAUGUUGGAAAAGAAUUAUUCACCUACGGAUGACGAUGAGGUUGAAGACCUGUACAGAUUGCUGGUCAAAGUGAAGGAGCGGGAAAAUAUAGAAGCAGUUGCCUCUGGUGCAAUUCUGAGUGACUAUCAACGCAUUCGCGUCGAAAAUGUGUGCAGCCGCUUAGGCCUUGUUUCGUUAUGCUAUUUGUGGCGAAGAGGUCAGGAAGAUUUACUGAAGGAGAUGAUCGAGUGCUCCGUGAAUGCAGUUUUCAUAAAAGUGGCUGCGUUAGGCCUUGAACCCCGGCAUUUGGGAAAGUCUAUUGCAGAAAUGGAAUCGCAUCUUGCAAAAAUAAAAGAAAAAUAUGGGGUCAACAUAUGUGGAGAGGGUGGAGAGUACGAGACUUUUACCCUAGACUGUCCAUUGUUUAUCAAAAGCAUUAUAAUAGACGAGUAUGAAAGCAUUGUUCACUCUAACGAUGACAUAGCCCCUGUCGGAUACCUGAAUUUUAAAAAGAUCCAUUUACAAAAUAAGAAUAAUGGUAUAGAGGCAUUAUCAUUGCAAGAAAGGUUACAGUUGGUAUCCGUAAAGGGCCCAUCUGACUAUAUUGAUGAAAUAGUCAGACCAGAGUUACAAGAUGGCUGUAAUUUAUCGGAUGACGAAAACGAAGAAUCUGAAAGUGAUAACAAAUCCUUAAAGACAUCAAACUCUGGUCAAUUCAACCCACCAAGUCCGAUGGAAAUUAUGUAUGAUGAUGAAGAUUAUCCAGAUGUACCUGUUUCAAAUAGAAAUCAAACUGGCUGGUUCUGGUUUGGAGGAAUUGUUGGAAAAAAUUCUGAUCCAAAACUUGCCACAGAGGAAGCCUUGGACAAAUUAAGCAAUCUAGUCGAAACAGAAAAGCUUAAGAUUUCAGAUAUUGUUGCAGUAACAUUGUAUUUAAAAGAUAUGUCGAACUAUUUAUUAAUAAACGAAGUCUACAUCUCGAGGUUGAGUAAUGUUAAUCCACCGGUACGUGUGUGCAUUGAGUGCCCGUUAAACGUACCUAUCGUCUUAGAUGCUUUAGCAUAUAAAGAAAUUCCACAAAUAGGAGACAACAAAGUUCACAAAAGGCACACGAUGCAUGUACAGAGUAUAAGUAAUUGGGCGCCUGCUAAUAUUGGACCAUACUCCCAAGCUAUUCGUGUUGGAGAUAUUAUUUCUGUUGCUGGACAAAUACCACUAGUUCCUGGGAGCAUGACGAUGUUGGAUUUAAAUAUCAAAAGACAAUGUCGGUUAACAUUGAGGCAUAUCAAUCGAAUUGUUAAAGCAAUGGAUGCUAAUACACAGCUCAGAGAUAUUGUACAGGGUAUUUGUUUUUCAACACAUCCUAGUUAUAUUCCUGAUGCACGCAGAGAAUGGGAAAAACGAACUAAUAAUGCAAUUGUAGAUUACGUUGUUGUACCAAACUUGCCUCGAGGUGCGAAAGUCGAAUGGUGUGUUUGGGCACAUCGGGACAAUAACCGAUUCGAAUACGAAGAAACUGGAAAAUGUGUUGGUGAUUUUAAAGUUGCCAUAAGGCGACGAUGGAAUUAUGAGAAUAACGUAUCUGCUAUUGUAUGUUACCUGUCGACUGGAUCUUCAAAUUCAAUGGGAAACCUGGCGGUAGACACAAAUCUAAGUUUUGCCGAACUUAACGCAGCCGAACUUACAGAAGCUUUCGAAUAUCUUCUAUGUAAGUUGACGAAAGGUUCACAAACUAUAAAUCCUACCUGUAAUUUAAGAAUUUUUUAUAAAGUGGGUAGCUCACCAGGACCAAAUUUUAUUCAAAGCGUUCUAUCAAAUUUUGAAAACCGAAAUAUAGUUACCACCAUAAUCCCAACGACUCAUCUUCAUAAUUACAGCACUUUUUUAUCAAUUUGUGGUAUCAGGCACGAAUAAUAGUUUUGUUGCUUAAUAACUUGGUCAAUUAUUUAUAUAAAUUUUGAAACGCUUGAUAAUCUACCGAUUAUUACAGAGAGCCAAUGCCCAAACGGAUGUAUUUUUCAUUUUUUUCUUUUUUUUUUCUAUUUGGUUUACAAGUGGAAACUUCUGAAUAGAUAUAGUUUUUCAUUUUUUAUAAUGCUCGAGUACAAAUUUUCUGAAAUUAGUUAGUUACUUGUAACUGUAUAAUAUUUUACUGUAGAUUCACCCCAGUUCUAAUGAAAAUCAAAAUUCACCUAAUAUUACAUAGAAUUUACUCUAACUAUUAGCAAUUUUCCUUGUGCAAAACUUUUUUUCACAGUUUAUUGUUUUUUUCUGAACUCAAUAAAAUUUCAGAUUGAAAGAUUUUAUCUCAAGAAUUAUUUUCUGAAUAUUCUUUCAAAGUCAACUUGGCAUAUAUAAGUAGGAUGUCAGUUCUUGUUUAGUUGUAUUGAGCCCUAAAGUCCUUGACUUAUAUUGAAAAUAUUGCGGUAUUCAUACACGUAACAGCAGCAUUUUUCAUGAAUGCAUUUUUGCUCAAACUCUAGACACUUGAAAUAAACAAUUUAUAAAUCAAUUAUUGUCAGGAGUAUUGGCUAUAUACUUAAUUUAACGUUUUUACUGUAUAAUUGAUAUUACCUUGAAACACUUUGAGUUCACUCACUAGCCAGUAAAUUGGUAAUGAGUAUAGUUUGCUAAUAAAUUAUUCCUAGCGAUGUAAAAACUCUUUCCACGCAGAGGGAGCUAAACUAUUGGUUAUUAUGAAUUAUUGUAUGAUACCCUACCUAAUCUCAUGAAUUUUACUUAAAUUUAGAAUUAAAGGAAAAGAAUGCGUUUGGAUAUUGCUGUUACCCUAUAAUAUAUUCGUUAAUAUUCA